AUGGCCGCAGAGAGGAAAAUUUUGUUACUUGGUUCCGGAUUCGUUGCUGGUCCAACAGCAGAGUAUAUUUUACGGAGACCUGAAAAUAAGUUGACUAUCGCUUGUAGGCGCAUUACAGCUGCGGAAAGCUUCGCCAAGCAAUUCUCUCGCGCCAUUCCAAUAUCACUAGACGUUACUAACGAAAAAGCUCUUGAUGAAGUAGUUUCAUGCCAUGAUUUAGUUAUUAGCUUGAUCCCAUAUACAUCUCAUCCAUUAAUUAUCAAAUCUGCAAUCAAGUUCAAGAAACACGUGGUCACAACUAGUUAUGUCUCUCCUGCUAUGAAAGAAUUCGAUGCUGCUGCUAAAGAGAAUGAUGUGACCAUUAUGAACGAAAUUGGUCUUGAUCCUGGUAUUGACCAUCUAUACGCGUUGAAAACUAUAAAUGAGGUUCACGCGGCUGGUGGCAAGGCAAGCAUCAUAUCCUUCAUUUCCUAUUGUGGUGGUUUACCCGCUCCGGAAUGCUCAAACAAUCCUCUUGGAUAUAAAUUUAGUUGGUCUUCUCGUGGUGUUUUACUGGCAUUACGAAACUCUGCUAAAUUUUACCAAGACGGGAAGGUUGUUGAGAUCCCCGGAAGUGAAUUGAUGUCAUCUGCCAAACCAUAUCUUAUUUAUCCGGCCUUCGCAUUUCUAGCAUACCCUAAUCGUGAUUCUACAUCUUUUAAGGAUUUCUAUAAGAUUCCAGAGGCUCAAACUGUUAUCCGUGGUACACUGAGAUAUCAAGGGUUCACGGAUUUUGUUAAAGUUUUAGUUGAGAUUGGUUUGUUGGAUGAUACAGAACAAAAUUAUUUGCGAAUCGAUUCACCGGAUAUCACUUGGAGAGAUCUUUUGGCCAAAGUACUUUGUAUAUCAAGCAAUGCGGAAGCUGACCUUGGGAAAGCCAUUAUUGCAAAGAGUGAAAUAAGUGGAGAAGAGAUUGAAAGGAUCCUUAAAGGAUUCAAAUGGCUAGGACUGUUCUCAGAUAAUCCAGUUAUUCGUCGCGGUACAUUACUUGAUACUUUAUGUGCCACGUUGGAAGAGAAGAUGCAGUAUGAACAAGGAGAACGUGAUAUGGUUAUUCUUCAGCAUAAAUUUGAAGUUGAAUUAAAAGAUGGAACAAGAGAAACUUGGACAUCUACAUUAUUGGAAUAUGGAAAACCACAAGGUCCAUCUGCAAUGGCAACCACAGUCGGAAUUCCAUGCGGUAAAAUUAAAAAGAGGGGUGUUUUUGCGCCAUAUACACCAGAAAUAAAUAAUCCUGUAAUUGCGGAAUUAGAGAAAGAAAUGAUUAAAGUUAAAGAAGAAAAGUUAUAA